AAGGGAGAAAAGUCAUUAGACAUGACAUGAAGUAGCAUUAUUUUCGAGAAUGGUACUGACUGACAAGGCACCCAACGUAAGACUUGUAACAGCACUGUUUUGCCUUUACCUGGAUUCUCUGCUUACAAUAGAAUUUAAAGAUAAACGAGGUUGCUAUACUACUUACUAGUGCUACACACUAAACACAGACAUGGUAAAAAGGUUGGAUUAUGGAGCUUUCAUGGAGAAGUUUUCUCUCCAACUAAGCCCUUCACAGCACCAACUCCCCUUGAGUGGCCUCACUUUUGCUGUUAAAGACAUAUUUGACAUAGAGGGAUAUGUCACUGGCUUUGGAAACCCUGACUGGGCCAAGACUCAUUCAGCCGCCACAUCAACAGCGCCGGCAGUGAUGGACCUCUUAACGGCAGGCGCAACUUGUCUAGGAAAAACUGCUAUGGAUGAAAUGGCUUACUGCAUGUAUGGAGUAAAUAAACAUUAUGGCACUCCCACAAAUCCUUGUGCACCAGAUAGGGUGCCUGGAGGAUCUUCCAGUGGCUCUGCUGUUGCAGUAGCUGCAAAGCUGGUAGAUUUCUCCCUUGGAACUGACACUGGUGCUAGUGUAAGAGUCCCUGCAUCAUAUUGCGGAAUUCUUGGAUUUCGGCCUUCACUCGGUGCCGUCUCUACUGUAGGAGUUCUUCCUAUGUCACAGAGUUAUGAUACUGUGGGAUGGUUAGCUCGUGAUCCUAUGAUUUUAAACCGCAUUGGACGUGUUCUUCUGCAUUUACCUGACGUUGAUCCUAUCAAACCAAGUCAGAUCAUUAUUGCAGAAGAUUGUUUUCGGCUAUCUACUAUUCCAAGUGACCGAACAGUUCAAGUUCUUGUAAAGUCAAUUGAAAAGCUCUUUGGAGCUCAAUGUGUUAAGCAUGCAAUCCUUGGAGACCUUGUGAAGGACAAAGUACCAAGUUUGCAGCAUUUCAUGGAUAAGGGAAAUGAAGACCAAGUGGAUGAUAUACCACCAUCCUUAGCAGCCCUUUCAAGUGCAAUGAGAUUACUUCAGAGGUAUGAAUUUAAGAAUUACCACGCCAAAUGGGUCACCAAAGUGAAUCCGGAUUUUGGUCCAGGAAUAUCUGAGCGGAUAUGGGAUGCCAUUAAAGCAACAGGAGAAAAUAUUGAUUUCUGCCACUCAGUGAGGACUGAAUUACGCGCUGCGCUUACUGCCCUGCUAGGGGAUCAUGGCGUCCUUGCUCUCCCAACAACACCAGGGGAACCACCAAAAGUGCAAGCAAAUCCAUCCACAUCGGAUAUAUUCUUUUCUAGGCCUUUCAGCUUAUUGUCCGUUGCUGGAUCAUCUGGUUUCUGUCAGGUUAGCAUACCUCUAGGGAGGUAUGAUAAUGUUCCUUUGGCAAUUUCCCUAGUGGCAAAACAUGGCUCUGAUGCAUUCCUGCUCAAUCUUGUUGAGACUUUAUAUGACACCCUCCAAGAAACUAUAUAAAUUAUGUUCCAAAUUGGUGCAGAAGACAUGGGAAAUUGGUUCCACAAUUCCUAUUUCUAGAUCCAUGUACAUGAACACCAUAGUAUCCGGAAGCUAAAGGGUAAUUAUAUAUAUAGGAACAUAAUUGCUGUUCAGUUUGUAUCGUAUAUAGUUUUAGUAUGGAUACUGCUAUUAAGCUUUUGAACACAAGAGUUGCUCCUGUGGUUUUAUUUUUCCAAGAAAAACCUAUGCAUACAAUACAACUAGCUGAAACGCAUUGCUGACAA